AUGGCACUCGGUACUAUUUCCAGGAUUUUUCGUGAAGUCAAGGGCCAGAAUUCCUACCAAAGCGAGUACUACGUCGUGCGCCAACCAAGCCAUCGCCGCCGCUCCAGAGCCCGCUCCGUUGAAAGAACCUCCUUAAGCGAGUCGAGGCCAAGGAAAGAACACCAUGUGCACGAGGUAGAAAUCCACCGAAAGCCCUCCAGACGGCAUGGGGACAGAGAAAAGAAGGUUCGAAAAGAGUACGAGUACCGCUACGAGCUCUUUCAAGACGACUCGGAAGCCGAGGACAACGACGACCUCAAGCACGUCUCCUGGGCUCAAUGGCCUGACCUCCAUACUCAGCUCAGCGACCAUCAGGCCCGCCAAUCAGCGACCGAGCCCUCAUUCCAGUUCCAGCCCCAAACCUACAACCCUGACCUCCACCAAUGGAUCUCCGCCGAGCUCGCCCUCCUCUGGUCCUCCAUCGACCAACUCCACCAUCAACACAAAGAACGCUCUGCCAACUAUGACCCCUGUCUCCAACAAGCCAUCCUAGCGUCCUAUGCCACGUUCAAGCAGGAGCAGAUUCAACCUUUGCUCGAUGAGAUCGCUCGCCUCGAAAGACAAGGGAAGGACUACGAGGAGCUUGUGAAGGAGCUGUUUGGUGUCAUCAAGGGAUACCAGGUCGAGCUGAGGAGCGUGUGGGACAGAGAGGAGAGAGAAAAGAAGGAGAAGGAGGAAAAGGCCGACAGAGCAAAGAGGGAGAGGGGGAGGAGGCACGAUGAAGAGGCUACACCACGAAGGCGAGAGUGGGAGACGUGGCGAGAUUUCUCUGGGCCUACUCUGGCUGGAGUAGCGUCGGGAUCAAACCCUUCUUCUCCGACGGGAAGCGCUCCUCCGCCUUAUGACGAUGGGCAACUGCCGCCAGCCGAGAUUCCUGCUCCAGCUCCAGCUCCUCAGACCGUUCCUAUUCCUACGGUCCCUGCUCGUCCGCCCAAGGAGCUCGAACAUCCGCACCAGCCGAGGGUCCGCUUUGAGGAGUACCUACAUGAAAUUCCCGCCCCGCGCCACUACACCGACGACGAGUACGAGUACGGACCCCGUGAUCACCGCCGCCGCGAAAGGGGUAGAACCCGCGAACACGAAUACACCUACGACCGACCGCGGUCUUCUUCAAAGGAGACGCACAUCCACCGUGAUCGUGAUUGGCAGCAUCCCCACGAUGUUCGCCACGGGCAGGGACACCGCCCUCUUGACCGGGACCAUCAGAACGACCGCCAUCAUCGCCGGCACCACCACGAUGAACGAUCCGAGCGCCGAUUCGAUGACCGCUUGACUGAUUGGAACAUCCCAAGCCCAAACAUCCCAGCCCCAAGCACCCACUGGGACUUGCACCCCCGUAGUCCGCGAUCCGCACGGGACUUUGACGCUUACGAGCCCAAGACCAGGAGCGAGCCUUGCACCCGUCGACGGCACUCUGUCAGCUAUUCCCCGCCGUCGCAGGUUGUUGACAGAGAGGGGGACAAGUACCCUAGGGGGUGGAGGGUUGUAAGGUUUGCUGUCUGA